AAUUAAGCUGAUUCUCUCUGUAUUGAGAUUUAAUGGCAGAAGCAAGAACAAUAACAAUAGCUGAAACACGAACUCUAGAGCUCAUACGUCAGCAUCUCCUCGGAGAUUUCACCUCCACUCACGACUCCUUCAUCUCCUCCCUCGUCCUCGCCGUUUUCCCCGACGAAAACCCAUCAAACUCCAUGACAGUUACAAACCCAGGAUCAUCCACAGACAAUUUAGCCAUGUUCGAGACAAAACUCGUCCCGCCGCCGCCCAGAAAGCUCGGCGGCGGCGGGAAGAGUACUGGAUCGAGCAGGCGAUACAGAGGAGUGAGGAUGCGGCCGUGGGGGACAUUUGCGGCGGAGAUUCGAGAUCCUAACAGAAGGGGGUGUAGGCUCUGGCUUGGGACUUUUGACUCAGAAAUUGAUGCUGCUAGGGCUUAUGAUUUCGCUGCUUUUAAGAUGAGAGGUAUAAAGGCAGUUCUUAAUUUUCCACUUGAAGCAGGAAAGUUGAUGCCUUCGACGUUGCUUCCCGGCCGGAGAAGAAGAAGAAAAUAAGAUAAUGCUGUCAUAAGCUAGUCUUCAAAACGGUGAUCGGAAUGUAGGAAAAUAAAAAGAUGAUAAGAUAGUUUGAGAGCAAAAAAUAAUCGAAAUUAAUUUAGGUCUAAGUUAAAAUUAAGGUUUUUAGUUUCUUGUGUUUGUCUGAAAUUGUGUAAUACUAUCCUAAACUUUGAGCAAGAUACUACAAAAAGAAGAAAAAAACAUUAUUAGUUGGUG